AUGAACAGUGAAUUCUGGAACGAGCAGGCCGGCGACGACGAAAUGGCGUUUCUGACGUUCCCCGACAACCCGUCGUCGUCGUCGCGUCCCGCCCAGCCGCAGGCGGCUGCGCCCCAGCCCCCGAGGCCCGGCGACGAGGCGAUGUCCGGGGGCACCAUGUCGUCUUUCUCGCCGCAGGUGUUUGAGAACAACUCUGGCGCUCAAUUGGAGCAGCAGCGCGCUCUCCCGUCCCAGCCACCCACGCAGAGCCCGUUUGAAGCGUCUGCGCCGACCCCCACCCCGCCGCCUCAGCAGUAUCAGCAACCGCGUCCCGUGCCCUCCCACAACAACAGUCCGAACGCCAGCACUCCGCAGCAGCGCCAGAUGCAGAUCCAGAUGCAGCAGCAGCACAAUUUCAUGUGUCUGCUGGAGGAGUUCAUGAACCGCAACAACACUCCCCUAACGGAGAGGUAUCCUGUUAUUGGGGGCAAGAAGAUGAACCUAUUUCUGAUUUACGCCGUGAUGGUGAAGUUUGGCGGGUUCAACAACGUGCUCAGGUCCAAGAAAAUUGUGCCUGUGGCCAGCAAGUUUGGAAUCCCGCCCGAUAACAACCAGCUGCUGCGCGAGUUUGUCCAGAUGUACCACAAAUGUCUGCUUCCGUUCGAGCUGUACGCCAACACGCCUGAGGGGAUGAAGGAGCUAUCGAUGCGGAAAAAACAGCUCGAGCAGCAGAUGCAGUUCAAGCAGGCCACGCCGACCAGUGCCAGUCACCAGACGCCGCCCGUUUUCAACGAGACAAAGUUCACGCCCGGGGACCAGCGUGCGAGCGAGCCGUCGCCGGCCACUGUUGAGUCGCGCCACGCGACGCCGCAGCAAGACGCGAACUUCGUUCCCGACUUCAUUCGCAAUUACGUGCCGCACCAACGGCUGCUCGACAAGGUGGGGGGCCACGAUUUGAAAGCGCUGUCUGCGUUCGGCGAGCAGAUCGACCACUUGAAGCCUGUGUUUCUGUUUGUGCCAGAGCUCGGCAAGAUCGAUUUGAACGCGCUCACGUUGUCGCUGCUGUCAAAGAUCGACGCCGAGGUGAACCUCGCGCUGAACGUUCUGCUGAUUGUGACGUCGGACCCGAACCUCGUUGUGCCGCUCGGCGAGUGUAUGGGCCUUCUGGAGGCGCUGGCCAGCGUCGGCACAGACACCCUGGACAUGCUUGUUUCGGGCAACUUGGACAAGCGUAGAGACAGGUACGAAGACGCGCGCCCGGAGUAUUUCAAGCCAAACAAGAUAGAAGAGGUCUUUGAAAAGUACAGCGGACGGCUGAAGGCAGACAAGGACGUUGAGGUGGUGGUGGACUCGUUCACGUCGAAGGAGGUCGGCGACGAGAGCCAGGACUUGGAGGUCGAGGAGUCCGACGCAGACGUUGUGUUUGAGGAGCCGCCGCGCGUCGACACGCCGGCGUCGGACGUGGACGAGAAGCCGUUGGCGCCAUUCGCUCUGCCGUCGUACGUGGAGCUGCUGGAAGCUGCACGUGCCGAAGCGGACGACUUUUCCGGCCGCGUGUACGCGAAGACGUUCCUGGACCGGCGGCUGAUGCUGGUGGAGGAGCUCAACACGGUGUCGAUGAUUUUGCGCAAUCUGUCGUUUGUGAACAACCCGCACGGCGUCUCGAACAACAACCUCAUGGCGGCGAACUCGUCGCUGCUCAACUUUAUCUACGCACUGAUAGCGGCGCUGGGCACGUCCGAAGGGUUUGUGUUUGCACGGAAAAAAAUGCAUCUGAUGAAAGACACGCUGAUGACGCUGGCGAACGUCUCGCACGCGAUCGAGCUGCGCUCGACAAAGGAGGCUUUUCUGGUUCUUGCGCUGUGUCUCGCGUUUGGCGUUCCACUGGAGCCGGAGGACGAAAAAGCUGGGUUCUACGUGCCAAAGUUCGACGCCGGCAAGGGCAAGUACCAGCUGCACGCGAUCGACGUGCUCACCAAGGUGCUGUGCGGAUCGCUGAAUAACAAGAAGAUGCUGUCGUCUGUGCUGGCGCGCGAAAACCUGGACCCGGAGAUGAACUCGCUGAUGCAGACGUACGACCAGGCCAAGAACGGCGACCUGGUGGUGCGGACGAUGGGAUUUUUCGUUUCUGCGCUGCCGCUGCACGUGAUCUACGAGGGCAUCGAGCGGUUCAACGACAAGCUGCCGUCGUGUCUGGAGCUGCUGCUGGGCAGCAUCUUUGUGGCGGAGGUGAUUGAGGACGCGCAGUUUUCGCGCAACGUGGCGCUGCGGCUGCUGAGCUCGCCCGAGCUCGUGGGGACCAACCUGUUUAAGCUGGCGUUCAUCUUUGCGGCCAUCUACGCCAAGACCAACCACGAGAACAAGCUGAUGUACAUCCACAUCUCGGGCAAGAGCAUGGAGCUGGUGAACGUGCUGCUGCGCGCGGCAGUGGCGCACGCCAUCUCCGCGGGGGCCCGGGACGAGCUGCAGACGCUGUUCUCGGUCUCGAAGCUGUUCCCGGCGGACGAAUCCAUUCUCGGCGCGCUCAUGACGCCGUCGUUGCCGCCAGACAUCUCUGUGCAGGCGGUGGAGUCGGCAAAGCUACUGGUGAGACUACAGGAGGCUUUGAGCAACUAG